GAUGGGAAUUAGAGUGAUCCAAUUGACCCAGUAUUACUUUUAAUUGGAGCAUUAGAAAAAUCUGGUUUAAUUUGUUAAGGUCUAAAAGAAUCACUUGGUUUUGGAGAAACUUUUGAGGAAUAAGAAAUAGAGUUUACAUGAACAAAAAUCGAUAGAAUCAUAGGAUUCACGAUUGUCUUGCAUAAUUUGA